AGAAGAAUAAUGAAGUAGAUGCACAAGGAUGUCUUGUUGUAUGCUUAUUUUGAUUUUGCCAAUCCAGCUGAAGUCCUGGUCGAAGACAGUCAUUUUGUUCAACGCUUAUAUCUGAUCCUCCAUACCACACAGCGAUCCUGAUUCACACCUGCAGUGAUACAGUUGGAAUAUAAAGAGGAACAACACCCAGUGUAACCACUGAAGUCUACUGACACACUAUUACAAAGAUGAAGUCCGUUAAAGAGGAACAAAGAGACUCAAUAGAAGUGAAUGAGAAAAGUCAAGAACUGAAUAACGUGGAGGAGAAACAUCAUGAUCAAAAAUUUGAUCAUUUCAUGACUAGUGAAGAACCUUUUACUGUCUCAAAGACUGAAAUUAAUUUCUCACAGAAAAGAACUCCAAGAACAAGAGACAAAAGUUCUUUCAGCUGCUCUCACUGUGGAAAGAGUUUUGCAUGUAAUGCAGAUAUUAAGCGUCACAUGAAAAUCCACACUGGAGAGAAGCCGUUCACAUGCCUUCAAUGUGGAAAGAGUUUUACACAUAAGGGAGAUCUUAAGCGCCACAUGAGAAUUCACACUGGAGAGAAGCCUUUCACGUGCUCUCAAUGUGGAAAGAGUUUUACACAAAAAGGAAACCUUAACACUCACUUAACAUUUCACUCUGGAGAGAAGCCGUUCAACUGCCUUCAAUGUGGAAAGUGUUUUGCAAAUAAAGGAGAUCUUCAGCAUCACAUAAGAAGUCACACUGGAGAGAAACCUUUUACAUGUCUUAAGUGUGAAAAGAGUUUUGCACUAAAUGGAGAUCUUAAGCGUCACAUGAGAAUUCACACCGGAGAGAAGCCUUUCACAUGCCUUCAAUGUGGAAAGAGUUUCAUACAGAAAGGAAACCUUGACUCUCACUUAACAUUUCACUCUGGAGAGAAACCUUUCACCUGCCCUCAGUGCGGAAAGAGUUUUGCAAAUAAAGGAGAUCUUCGGCGUCACAUUAGAAUUCACACUGGAGAGAAACCUUUUACAUGUCUUCAGUGUGGAAAGAGUUUCACCCGAGCAGGCAAUCUUAAACUUCAUCUGCACUUUCAUUCUGGAUCAAGGCUAUUUAACUGUGAUCGGUGUGGCAAAAAAUUUACACUGGCAUCACACUUAAAGUUACACCAGAUAUCUCAUGCAAAUGAGAAGCCUCACGUGUGUUCUUUUUGUGGAAAGAGUUUUACACAUAAAGGAAAUCUUCAGCGUCACAUGAGAAUUCACACUGGAGAGAAGCCUUUCACCUGCUCUCAGUGUGGAAAGAGUUUUGCACAUAAAGGAGAUCUUCAGCGUCACUUGAGAAUUCACACUGGAGAGAAGCCUUACAGAUGCCUUGAGUGUGGAAAGAGUUUCAGCCACUCAUGCAAUCUCACAGUUCAUAUGCGCAAUCAUUCUGGAGUUAAGCCAUUUAACUGUGAUCAGUGUGGAAAGAAAUUUACGGGUGCACCACAGCUGAAGUUACACCUGAUAACUCAUGCAAAAGAAAAGCCUCACGUGUGUUCUUUUUGUGGAAAGAGUUUUGCUAACUCAGGACACCUGAAAAUCCAUGAGAGAGUGCAUACUGGAGAGAAGCCGUUCAAAUGCACUUCAUGUGAGAAGAGUUUCACCCAAUUAAGUAGUCUACAGACUCAUUUAAAAAAGUGUUGCCCAAAACAGCAAUAGUCUGUCUGUCUGUCUGUUAAUGUUAAUUUCAGGGCCAAGUUUUAUUAAAUGUAAUACAAUGUCAGUCAGUUCACUAGAACUGGAGGUUUACGAUCGAAAGUAAUGACAUAAAUAAUAAGAGAAACUAAUGUAGCUCAGUACUGUUAUCACUGAGAGGACGUAAGUGUGUGUAAGUUUCAGAUAUUUUGAAACAUUUUGUUUUAAUUGGAAAUUGGCUGUUAACCCUUGUGCGCCAAUAAAUAAAGUUACUCAGAGGUCCUUCGAGGUCAAAAAACUGCCAAAAUAAUAUUAUAUAUGAACUUCCAAUGAGUUCAUUUUUGUAAUCAACAUCAGUCCUGAUCAAAAUGGCCAAAUAUUAGUUCAUUUUCAGGGUUUUAACCCUUUAAAUGCCAGUUUAUGUAAUGCCACUUAUUGUUUUUUUAUGAAAAAAACAAAAAAAAUGAAUUAAUUCCAUUUACUAAAUGUGGCAGGGCGGGGCCAGGUCGUGAUUCUACUAGAGGUCGACCGAUAUUGGUUUUUUCAGGCCGAUGCCGAUGUCGAUCUUUUGAAAUCCGGGUCGGCCGAUGGCCGAUUAAUGUAGCCGAUUUAUUUUGGCCGAUAUGUGCUUGUUUUUAACCUCUUAUUUGAACCUUUUAUUUGAAAGAUAAAAUGUAACACAAAUAAUUACUUAAGAUAGACAACAUUUCUCAACAAAUACAUUUAUUGAACACUUGACCGAUCUGCACUUGUACACUUAAAUUAAAAAUGUAUAAUGUAAAAACAUAUUGUAUAAAUAAUGGAUAACAAAUAUAUUAAAUAAACAAAGCAGGUGUUACGAACUGCUCCGAGACACGAAGGUUGAGAUCCAAAUGCAGCUUUAAUUAAGGGGCAAUCCAGACACGUAAUCCAAUAUUCAGAGCAUCCAAGAGAAGCACAGGCAUAACUAGUGAUGGGUAUCGUUAAGGUUUUAAUGGUAUUACAAUCUUACCGAUACUGUUCAUCGAUCCGGUACUUUAACGGUAUUCUUAACGGUUCUUUUUGUUAUAUAUAUAUAUAUAUAUAUAUAUAUUACACAAAUAUAAACGUUAUAUAGGCACAGUGAUUUAAUUUCAGGAAGGUCUACUAACAUUACUGUUCAGGUGUGGUCUAAAAAGAAAUCUAAUAAAGUAAUCAAUUGUAAAAUAACACUGCAUAGUUUAUCAUAGAUAGAUUAAUGCUUAUUAAUGCAGAAGUUAUUCAUUCGAGCUGUAAGUGAUUUUCUCUUUGCCUUUUGUUGUUUGAUUCGCAGUAAUGGCUCAAUCGUCACAUGUUUAAUAGACAGCUUCCCCUUUAAGACCGAGUUCAGAUCUAAUAGACUCCUGAUACAGCAUAUUUUCUCCCAACUAUUUCCAUAACUACAUCCAUUUAAGACAUAAACUGUGUUUAAGUGAAUCUCCAAGCCGGUCGUUUUGACAUAUUUUUGUGUAUAUUUGAUCGUUUAGACGCAUGAAACCCAAAGUAGUCUAUACUUUGCUU